GAUAAGCAGCCAAAAUGAGGACAAAGAUGGAGACUCUGAUAAUACAAUCAGUGAGUUGCCUCCCACUCUUGAGAACGUUUCCCCUGACAGAAGGCGGUUGUCUUCAGAUGCAUCACGGUCCACUUACAGCCUCACAAGGCGGAUUUCAAGUUUAGAGUCGAGGAGGCCAAGUUCUCCGUUAGUUGACAUUAAACCGAUCGAAUUUGGAAUAAUAGGAGCUAAGAAGGAAAUAGUUCAGCCAACUAUCCUGCGAAAAACCUAUACCCCAGAUGACUAUUUUAGAAAAUUUGAACCAAGACUGUAUUCUCUUGACUCGAAUAGUGAUGAUAUGGACUCCUUGACAGAUGAGGAGAUCUUAUCGAGAUAUCAGCUGGGCAUGCUGCAUUUUAGCACGCAGUAUGAUCUGUUGCAUAAUUAUCUAAUAGUGAGAGUCAUUGAGGCUAAAGAUCUGCCUCCUCCGAUUUCUUACGAUGGUUCAAGGCAAGACAUGGCUCACUCCAACCCCUAUGUGAAGAUCUGCUUGCUUCCUGAUCAGAAGAACUCCAAGCAGACUGGAGUGAAACGCAAAACACAGAGCCCGGUGUUUGAAGAGAGGUACACAUUUGAAAUCCCCUUUUUAGAAGCCCAGAGAAGAACUUUGCUUUUAACCGUAGUGGAUUUUGACAAAUUCUCACGCCAUUGUGUUAUUGGCAAAGUGUCAAUGCCCUUGGGGGAUGUAGACCUUGUGAAAGGCGGACACUGGUGGAAAGCCCUUGUGCCUAGUUCUCAGAAUGAAGUGGAACUGGGAGAGCUGCUGUUGUCACUGAACUACCUACCCAGUGCAGGAAGACUGAAUGUGGACAUCAUUAGAGCAAAACAGCUCCUUCAGACAGACAUGAGCCAAGGUUCAGAUCCCUUUGUGAAAAUUCAGCUUGUUCAUGGAUUAAAAUUAACAAAAACCAAGAAGACCUCCUGCAUGCGGGGAACAAUAGAUCCCUUUUACAAUGAGUCCUUCAGCUUCAAGGUUCCACAGGAAGAACUGGAGAACGCCAGCCUAGUGUUCACAGUGUACGGGCACAACGUGAAGAGCAGCAAUGACUUCAUUGGGAGGAUCGUGAUCGGGCAGUACUCGACGGGUGCCCCCGAGUCCAACCACUGGCGCCGGAUGCUCAGUGCUCACCGAACAGCCGUGGAGCAGUGGCACAGCCUGCGGUCCCGGGAGGAGUGCGACCGCGUCUCUCCGGCGUCCCUAGAGGUCACAUGA